AUUUAAUUGAUGGAUUAAAAACCAGAAUAGCAAGAUGAGGAACAAGUUCAAAACAAGGCCUAAUAAAAAUAACAAUAAUAACCUAAGCAAUAACCUAAAGAAAAAUAAUUAGCAGUCAAAAAUCCAAAAGGUACAAGAGAUUUCUUACCUCAACAAAUGGUGAUAAGGAGACAAGCAUUUAAAACAAUCACAGAUGUAUUUGAAUAACACGGUGCAGUUGAAAUAGACACCCCUGUUUUUGAGUUGAAAGAAACCUUGAUUGGUAAGUAUGGUGAAGAAGGAGGAAAAUUGAUAUAUGACCUUUAAGAUCAAGGAGGUGAAAUACUAUCUUUACGAUAUGAUUUAACAGUCCCAUUUGCCAGGUAUCUUGCAACCCAUGGGUAUAAAAAACUAAAAAGAUAUCACAUUGGAAAGGUUUAUAGAAGAGAUAAUCCAUCAGUAUAAUAAGGGAGAUUCCGUGAAUUCUUUUAAUGUGAUUUUGACAUUGCAGGAGAGUACCAAUUAAACUAUAUACUAGGAAUGACCCUAUGGUGGCUGAUGCUGAAUUAAUAAAAAUAAUAGAUUAAAUAUUUACUAAGUUAGAUCUAGGACCUUUUCAAAUUAAGAUUUCCAAUAGAAAGUUAUUAGAUGCAAUGAUUCAAAUUGCUGGAAUUCCUAAAAAUUAAUUUAAGACAGUUUGCUCGAGUAUUGAUAAACUAGAUAAACAACCAUGGAAAGAAGUUAGAUAAGAAUUAAUUGAGAAAAAGGGAGUUACAGAAGAAUAAGCAGAUAUCUUAAGCAAAAUGGUGCAAUUGAGAGGAGAGCCUUUCUAGUUGAUCUAAUAACUUAAAGAAUAAAAGAUCUUUGAAUAACUAGGAAAAGAAGCCUUAGAUGAGAUGGAAUUAUUGUUUAAUUUGUUGAAAUAUAUGAAUGGGUUAAAAAAUGUAAUCUUUGAUCUCUCAUUAGCAAGAGGACUUGAUUAUUAUACUGGAUUAAUCUAAGAAACUGUUUUAUUAGGUGGAUAAUUAGGUUCUAUAUCUGGAGGGUACUAUUAUUUAUUAAACUGUUUAGUGGUCGUUAUGAUGAGUUGGUUGGUAUGUUUUCAAAAAAUAGCAUACCGUGUGUUGGUGCAUCAAUUGGAAUAGAAAGAAUAUUUGCUAUUUUAGAAGAAAAAUAUAAAAAAAACGGAGUAGUUUUACGUGAAAAUCAGUCAGAUUGCAUUGUUGCCACAAUCCCCUCUAAAAAUAUCGAUAUGAUAACUGAAAAAUUUAAACUUUAUGAUUUACUUUGGUCUAACGGAAUUAAGGCUGAUGUUUGCUAUAAAUUGAAUUGGAAUUUAGGAAAGCAAUUAACUUAUGCAAAUGAUCAAUAGAUUCCUUAUGCUAUUGUAAUAGGAGAGGAUGAGGUGAAAUAGGAGAUUGUGAAAUUCAAGGAUUUAAUCGAAAAGAAGGAAGAAACUGUUAAUUUGAAAGAUCUUGUUUAAAUAAUAAAGUAGAAAGUUGGAAAAUGAGUCUAUUAAUAU